AACUGAUUCUACGUGUUAAUAACAGUCCUCGAGAUCUGUAUGAGCACAUCUGUAUUUGAAUCCGAUCAGUUAGGAGCACAAACCUUCAUUCUCCACACCUGCUUCAAGCCAAAGGGCGAGCUAUUGUGACCUCCAUUCUCUUCUGUUUUCCGUUAACACUGUUAAUUGUCGGGAUAACCACAAUAACGGCAAAGCCAUGCCCAAAAGCAGUAAAGUGACUCAGCGCGAGCACAGUAAUGAGCCUGUCACGGAGUCUGUGGCCGACCUCCUGGCGCUGGAGGCCCCCAUGGACUACAAGAGCAGCCAGAUGAGCAUGAACAUGACAGGAGGAAGCGCUCCACCCAUAGGCAAACCAGACAUCUCUCCUGAUCUGGAGGACGGUCGUCCUGCGUGGAACAGUAAACUGCAGUAUAUCCUCGCCCAGGUGGGCUUCUCUGUGGGCCUGGGUAACGUGUGGCGCUUUCCUUAUCUUUGCCAGAAGAAUGGAGGAGGUGCCUACCUUGUCCCAUACUUCAUUCUUCUUAUCCUUAUUGGCAUCCCACUCUUCUUCCUGGAGCUGGCGGUCGGCCAGAGGAUCCGUCGAGGAAGCAUCGGCGUGUGGAAUUAUGUUUGUCCUCGACUUGGUGGCAUUGGAGCGUCCAGCCUGAUGGUGUGUGGUUUUGUUGGUCUGUACUACAAUGUGAUUAUCGGCUGGAGCAUCUUCUACUUCUUCCAGUCCUUUCAGUAUCCUCUACCCUGGAGCGACUGUCCCAUCAGGAAGAACGGCAGCCAAGCCAUUGUGGAGCCAGAGUGUGAGAAAAGCUCAGCAACUACAUACUUCUGGUACCGGGAGACCCUGAACAUCACCAGCACAAUCGCAGACAGCGGGGGUCUGAACUGGAGGAUGACUCUGUCACUGCUGGCUGCCUGGAUAAUUGUCUGCCUGGCUGUAAUAAAGGGCAUUCAGUCUUCUGGGAAGGUGAUGUAUUUCAGCUCUCUGUUUCCUUACGUGGUGCUCUUCUGCUUCCUGGUGAGAGGACUGUUUCUUAAAGGAGCUGUAGACGGCAUCGCUCACAUGUUCACACCCAAGCUGGAGAUCAUGCUGGAGCCGCAGGUGUGGCGUGAAGCGGCCACUCAAGUCUUCUUUGCACUUGGUCUGGGUUUUGGAGGAGUCAUCGCUUUUUCCAGCUACAAUAAGAGAGACAACAACUGCCAUUUUGAUGCCGUCCUGGUCUCCGUCAUCAACUUCCUGACCUCUAUACUGGCCACGCUCGUGGUGUUCGCCGUGCUGGGCUUCAAAGCCAACAUCAUGAACGAGAAAUGUGUGGUGGAGAAUGCUGAAAAGAUUCUGGGUUACUUAAACUCAAAUGUGCUGAGUCACGAUCUCAUCCCUCCUCAUGUCAACUUCUCGCACCUGACCACGUCAGACUACGCUGAGAUGUACGGCGUAAUAAAAAUUGUGAAGGAGGACAGUUUUGCCCAGCUGGGACUAGAGCAGUGUUUGCUGGAGGAUGAGCUCAAUAAGGCUGUUCAAGGCACUGGUUUGGCUUUUAUUGCCUUCACAGAGGCCAUGACCCAUUUCCCAGCUUCUCCUUUCUGGUCCGUCAUGUUUUUCUUCAUGUUGAUUAACCUGGGUUUGGGCAGCAUGAUUGGCACCAUGACUGGCAUCACCACUCCCAUUCUGGAUACCUUCAAAAUUCGCAAAGAGUACCUUACAGUGGGCUGCUGUAUUGUGGCCUUUCUGUGCGGCCUUCUGUUUGUCCAGCGUUCAGGGAACUACUUUGUCACCAUGUUCGAUGACUAUUCUGCUGGUUUACCCCUCACUAUUGUGGUGAUCCUGGAGAAUGUAUCUGUGGCCUGGAUCUAUGGCACCAAGAGGUUCAUGCAGGAUCUGGAGGACAUGCUGGGCUUUAGACCAUACAGUGUUUACUUUUACUUGUGGAAGUAUGUGUCUCCAGUGUGUCUGAUCAUACUGAUUUCUGCCAGUGUUGUUGAGAUGGCCAUCAGCCCUCUUGGAUACAAUGCAUGGGUGCAAGACCUGGCUAUGGAGCGCUUUCAGAGUUACCCUCCUUGGGCAAUAGUCAUGUGCUUUGCUCUGAUCAUUGUGGCCAUGCUUCCUCUCCCACUGGUCUUUAUUGCCCGCCACUUCAACUGGCUCCCAGAUGGCUCCAACAAGCUGUCCGUCUCCUACCGCAAGAGCCUGGCAAAAGAGGCUUCCACCCUGGAAGACGAGACGCGGUUCAUCCUCGGCAAGAACCCGAGUGAAGCCCCCUCUCCCAUGCCAAGCCACCGGGCGUAUCUGGGCCCUGGCAGCACCUCUCCGGUGGAGCUCAUCACAAACUCCACCUCCAUCAGCGGCUACGGCAGCGGCUACCAGACCAACCCCGCUCCUCCCAAAUCUGAGUCAUGAUCCUUUAAACCACCAACCAGAGACUGAGACGGAAAGACGAGAAGGUCCUAGUGUUGCUCACACCUUAACCCAAAGACAAGAGAAGACACUGAGAUCCUGCCGUAUUCCCUGACUGGACAGCUUCCAAUGGGCCCAAUAAUUCAUACGGACUACAGAUGCUGGUCUGAAGGUGAAAAAAAAAAAA